AAUGUGCGUAAAAGUGUGUCCCCAGUCUUUACCGCUCUAUUAUUUAACUAGUGAAUCAUUAAUUAAAUAAGAUGUUUGUAAUUGAGUAUAAAAAUAUUUAGAACGUAGUGUGAUAUAAAAUGGUGUUAUAAAUAUUUUCUUUUCAUACUAAAUUUUCUUUUUUGUAUGACUCUUGGAGAUAACCCUCAAUAUUGAGGAGUAAUAUUAUUAUUAUUAUCAGUAACAAGAUACUACUGGACAAAUUUUUAGUGGUAUGUGCUGACCCCUAGCGGCAUAAAUAUAUAUUACAAUGGAUGAGUGUAAUGCAUCAUUUACUGACUGUCAAGUGGAUGUGUCGUGCAGGGCUUGUAAUGUACCCAUAUUACACAAAUCUGUCAACUGCCCUAAAUGCCUGAGUUGUUUUCACACGGCGUGUGUCAACACUGAAGCACUAACCAAAAAUGGCGGAUUCACCCGAUGCUGUGGCCCGGGACGCGGUAAAUCAACGAAUACCGGUGGAACGCAUCAGUUCACGCUUGAAGAUAUCCAGCAGGCAUUUAGAGAUGAAUCAACUCCACUAGCAAGACGGCUAGAUAAUGUAGAAAUCAGACUGGAUAAUUUGGAUACAUAUUUGAAAGAUUUCUCCACCAGAGGAAUUAGUGAGCACUGUGAAAUUGUCAAGCUUAAAGAGAAGGUUAACAGUAUUGUAUCAUCGGCUUCUGGGGCCCAGUCAGUAGCAGGGGCGUCUCAUGAUGUAUUCAAGGAAUUUGAGGAUAGACUACGCAGGCGGUCGAAUCUCAUGGUUUAUGAACUCCCGGAGGAUGAUUCUUCGGAAUCAGAAAAUGGCAUAUAUCAAAUCCAAGACCCAGAAGAGACUACCAGUAUCGCUCCAGCAGUUGAUAAUUGCUCGAGAUCAAACACCGGCGCAGAGACGGGAGUACUUGGCCUUGAAAGAGGAGAUGGAGCGGCGUACUUCAGCGGGGGAGAAGAACUUGAAGAUAGUGACCAGGGGAACGCGUCAACUUAUAGUUCAGCAUGCUCGAACUUCGGUUCUGAACAAGAUGAACAAAGAUCAAUAACUCUUUAUGAAAGUAUCCUGCUAACGAACUAUUCGGUGUACUAUCAAAAUGUGCGUGGUCUCAAUACGAAGCUCAAUCAGGUCUUCAUUGAAUCUUCUGUGGUUUUCUUCAGCAUGGUUUUAUGCCCAAACGCUCAACAGUAACUAAUUUAAUAUAUUUCACUCAGCUUGCUAAUGAGACUCUUGCUGCUAGAGAACAACUUGAUGUAUUUUGUGCAGAUUUUGCUAAAGCAUUUGAUAAAGUAGACAAAGGAAUAUUACUUGAUAGACUGCGUGCGCUAGGACUAACUACUCACCUUAUGUGCUUAUUAACUUCAUACCUAGUCAGCAGGAAAAAUAUUGUAUACUAUAUGGGACAUCGAUCUAAGCCCUAUAUUUCUACCUCAGGAGUACCUCAAGGAUCAAACCUUGGUCCUCUCUUGUUUCUUGUCUUUAUCAAUGAUCUAGCACAACAUACUUCUUGUUUCUUUGAUUUAUUUGCGGAUGAUUCAAAGCUUUAUAUGAGAAUACGCAAUGUAUAUGAUUGCGCAUUUCUACAGCGUAACAUUGAAUACUUGGUUCAGUGGUGUGGAGACAAUAAGCUGAAACUCAAUGCUGAUAAAUGCAUCAUUUUAACAAUCACUCGAAAUCAAAAUCCUAUUACUUUUAACUAUAACAUGUCUGGUAAAAUUUUAAAUAAAAGUACAUCAGUCAAAAUACUUGGAGUAACGUUUGACAGUAAACUUACUUUUGCUAUGCACAUCAACAACAUUAUAUCAGAAGCAUGGAAAACCCUAGGGUUCAUUACUCGAAUUUCAAAAAAUUUUAAUAAUCUUUAUGCCAUUAGAAUAUUGUAUAAUACCUUUGUUAGACCGAAACUCGAGUAUGCUUCAUUGGUAUGGUCUCCCACUCAGUCAGGACAGUCCACUAAAAUUGAGAGAGUUCAAA